UGAGUCGUUAAUGAAGAGAAGGCAUUCUGCGCCUCAAACCAAACCAACCCCCUUCUUCCCCCCUAACUCUUCUUCAAUUCAAUCAAUUUCUCCUAUUUUUUAUUUCUUAUAUUAAUAUUAAUAAAUAGUGCACAAAAAAAAAACCCAAAAUAUUACAUUGUAUUACUCACAUUAUAUUAUAUGAUCUUAGUUUUGAUUCAAGAAUAUAAAGUCACCCAGAUGCCAAUUUAGUUUCCUAGUUAUCGAACUUGGUUCAUGUAGCCGACCCCAUCUGUUGUAACACGGUCGUAGGCGCAGUGGCCGGGUUUUUGGGCAAUACCAAGAGGGGGGUGAACCUGUAAACAAGGAAGAUAACAAGGAAGAUCCGAGGAUGGCGACAUUAUUGACAACAAUUGCAAAUAGAAAUGGAAGAGUUGUACAGAGGAAUUCUACAGAUCCCAUUGUGGAUGAGUUUUGUUAUGCUCUUGAUGGAAAGAAUCCAAUUCAUAGUAUAUUGAUUGCAAACAAUGGAAUGGCAGCUGUCAAAUUUAUAAGAAGUGUCCGGACAUGGGCUUACGAGACUUUUGGAACGGAGAAGGCUAUAACAUUAGUUGCUAUGGCUACUCCAGAAGACAUGAGAAUUAACGCGGAGCAUAUUCGAAUGGCUGACCAAUUUGUUGAAGUCCCUGGUGGGACUAACAACAAUAACUAUGCCAAUGUGCAGCUCAUUGUAGAGAUGGCAGAAAUGACACAUGUUGAUGCAGUUUGGCCUGGUUGGGGACACGCGUCUGAGAUCCCUGAGUUGCCAGAUGCACUUAUGGAAAAGGGGAUUAUCUUUCUUGGACCCCCAGCAGUAUCUAUGGCUGCUCUUGGAGAUAAAAUUGGUUCAUCAUUGAUUGCUCAAUCUGCUGACGUUCCUACUCUUCCCUGGAGUGGUUCUCAUGUGAGAGUUGCCAAACAGGAGUGCAUAGUAUCAAUUCCUGAGGAUGUAUACAAGGCAGCCUGUGUUUUUACUACAGAGGAAGCAGUUGCUAGUUGUCAAGUGGUCAGUUAUCCAGCUAUGAUUAAGGCUUCUUGGGGUGGCGGAGGGAAAGGAAUAAGAAAGGUUCACAAUGAUGAUGAAGUAAGGGCAUUGUUCAAGCAAGUGCAGGGUGAAGUUCCUGGCUCACCCAUAUUCAUCAUGAAGGUGGCUUCACAGAGUCGGCACUUAGAAGUACAGUUAUUGUGUGAUCACUAUGGCAAUGUCGCUGCAUUACAUAGUCGUGAUUGCAGUGUUCAAAGGAGGCACCAGAAGAUUAUUGAGGAGGGCCCGAUAACAGUAGCUCCGCCAGAAACAGUAAAGGAACUCGAGGAGGCAGCUAGAAGGUUGGCCAAAACUGUAGGUUAUGUGGGAGCAGCAACUGUUGAAUAUUUGUACAGUAUGGAAACUGGCGAGUUUUUCUUCCUUGAGCUGAAUCCUCGACUACAGGUGGAGCAUCCUGUUACUGAGUGGAUUGCUGAAAUAAAUCUUCCAGCUGCUCAGGUCGCUGUGGGCAUGGGUAUUCCUCUUUGGAAAAUUCCUGAAAUUAGGCGAUUCUAUGGGGUGGAACAUGGUGGGGGUUAUGAUACUUGGAGAAAUACUUCAAUCGAGGCUAAGACUUUUGAUAUGGACAAGGCACAGUCUGUGAAGCCAAAAGGUCACUGUGUUGCUGUACGUGUGACAAGUGAGGACCCAGAUGAUGGGUUCAAGCCUACUAGCGGGAAAGUUCAGGAGCUGAGUUUCAAAAGUAAACCAAAUGUGUGGGCCUACUUCUCUGUUAAGUCUGGAGGAGGCAUCCAUGAGUUUUCAGAUUCUCAAUUUGGCCAUGUCUUUGCAUUUGGUGAAUCGAGAGGCUUGGCCAUAGCAAAUAUGGUUCUUGGCUUGAAAGAAAUUCAAAUCCGAGGAGAAAUUCGCACUAAUGUUGAUUAUACCAUUGACCUUUUAAAUUCUUCAGAUUACAGAGAUAACAAAUUUCAUACAGGUUGGUUGGAUAGCAGAAUUGCAAUGAGGGUCAGAGCCGAAAGGCCACCCUGGUACAUAUCUGUUGUGGGAGGAGCACUCUAUAAAGCUUCUGCUAGUAGUGCAGCCACCGUUUCCGAAUAUAUCGGCUAUCUUGAGAAGGGUCAAAUUCCUCCAAAGCAUAUAUCACUUGUCCACUCUGAAGUUGCUCUAAAUAUUGAGGGGAGCAAAUACACUAUUGAAAUGGUGAGGGGUGGCCCAGGAAGCUACAGAUUGAAAUUGAAUGAGUCUGAGAUUGAGGCAGAAAUACACACAUUAAGAGAUGGUGGUCUCUUGAUGCAGUUGGAUGGGAACAGUCACGUAAUAUAUGCUGAAGAAGAAGCAGCAGGAACUCGUCUUCUUAUUGAUGGAAGAACUUGUUUGCUUCAGAAUGAUCAUGAUCCUUCAAAGUUAAUCGCGGAGACACCUUGUAAGCUGAUGCGGUAUUUGGUACCAGAUAAUAGUCAUGUAGAUGCAGAUACACCAUUUGCCGAGGUUGAAGUUAUGAAGAUGUGUAUGCCUUUGCUUUCCCCUGCAUCUGGUGUAAUACAGUUUCAUAUGUCGGAAGGUCAAGCUAUGCAGGCUGGUGAGCUUAUAGCAAGACUAGAGCUAGAUGAUCCUUCUGCUGUAAGGAAAGCUGAGCCUUUCCGUGGUAGCUUUCCUACCCUGGGACCUCCAACUGCCAUAUCAGGAAAAGUUCAUCAGAGAUGUGCUGCAAGUUUAAAUGCAGUGCGGAUGAUUCUUGCAGGUUAUGAACACAAGAUAGAUGAAGUCAUCCAGAGCUUGCUGGUCUGCCUUGAUAGUCCUGAACUUCCUUUCCUACAAUGGCAAGAAUGCUUAUCUGUUCUGACAACCAGGCUUCCCAAAGAUCUGAGAAAUGAAUUGGAAUCUAAGUAUAGAGAAUUUGAAGGAAUCACCAAUUCUCAUAAUGUUGAAUUUCCUGCUAAGUUACUGAAAGGUGUUCUAGAGGCCCAUUUAAACUCAUGCCCUGAGAAAGAGAGAGGCGCUCAAGAGCGGCUUAUCGAGCCUUUAAUGAGUCUUGUAAAGUCUUAUGAAGGUGGAAGAGAGAGUCAUGCUCGUGUUAUUGUUCAGUCUCUAUUUGAAGAGUAUUUGUCCGUUGAAGAAUUGUUCAGCGACAAUAUCCAGGCUGAUGUCAUUGAACGUCUCCGCCUUCAUUAUAAAAAGGAUCUCUUGAAAAUUGUGGAUAUCGUACUAUCACAUCAGGGUGUUAAGAAUAAAAAUAAACUUGUCCUACGACUCAUGGAACAACUAGUUUACCCAAAUCCUGCUGCAUACAGGGAGAAACUUAUUCGUUUCUCACAACUGAACCAUACAAUGUAUUCUGAGUUGGCUCUCAAGGCUAGUCAAUUGCUUGAACAAACCAAAUUGAGUGAGCUUCGUUCUAACAUUGCUAGAAACCUUUCUGAAUUAGAAAUGUUUACAGAAGAUGGUGAAAACAUGGAUACUCCAAAAAGGAAAUGUGCAAUAAAUGAGCGUAUGGAAGCUCUUGUGAGUACUCCGCUUGCUGUUGAAGAUGCCCUUGUGGGCUUAUUUGAUCACAGUGAUCAUACACUACAGAGGCGGGUUGUUGAAACCUAUGUCCGGAGGCUUUAUCAGCCUUAUCUCGUCAAGGGAAGUGUGAGGAUGCAGUGGCAUAGAUCUGGCCUCAUUGCUUCUUGGGAGUUCAUGGAGGAGCACAUUGAAAGAACAACCGUCUCUGAUGAUUUAUCCUCUAACCAACCACUUGUUGAGAAACACAGUGAGAGAAAGUGGGGGGCCAUGGUGGUUAUUAAAUCUCUGCAGUUUCUGCCAUCGGUGAUUACUGCUGCACUGAAAGAAACAACUCAGAAUUCUGAAGAAACACUAUCUAGUGUCUCUUUAGAACCAGGAAGCCAUGGCAACAUGUUGCACAUUUCACUUGUGGGGGUGAAUAACCAAAUGAGCUUGUUGCAGGAUAGUGGUGAUGAAGAUCAGGCUCAAGAGAGAAUUGAUAAGUUGGCCAAAAUUCUAAGAGAUAAAGAAGUCAGUUCUAAUCUCCGUGCUGUUGGUGUUGGGGUGGUUAGUUGCAUUAUACAGAGAGAUGAAGGGAGAACCCCAAUGAGGCAUUCAUUCUAUUGGUCAGCAGAAAAGAAUUACUACAGUGAGGAACCUUUACUACGUCAUUUGGAACCUCCUCUAUCUAUAUAUCUUGAACUGGACAAGCUUAAGGGCUAUGAAAAUAUCAAAUAUACUCCAUCUCGGGAUCGCCAAUGGCACCUGUAUACCGUCAUGGACAAGCCAUCCAUCCGGAGGAUGUUUUUGAGAACGCUUGUGAGACAGCCCAUCUCUGAGUUCUCAGGAGUCGAACUAGGAACACUUCGAAUACAAAGGCCCAUCUCUUUUACAUCAAGAAGCAUCCUGAGGUCUUUAACAACUGCAAUGGAAGAGUUAGAACUUAAUGCACACAAUGUUUCCUUGAAACCUGAUCAUGCUCAUAUGUACCUCUACAUAGUUAGAGAGCAACAAAUACAUGAUCUUGUGCCAUAUCACAGGGAGAUGAACAUCGACGACCAACAUGAAGAGGCGGCUGUUCAGAUCCUUUUGGAAGAGCUUGCUCGUGAAAUUCACAGUUUGGCUGGUGUUAGAAUGCAUAGAUUAAAUGUUUGUGAAUGGGAAGUGAAGCUUUGGAUAUCAUCUUCUGGACAAGCCAAUGGUUCUUGGAGAGUCGCCGUUACUAAUGUGACUGGUCAGACCUGCUCUGUACAAGUUUACCGCGAGUUGGAGGAUAACAGCCUACAUGAAAUGGUCUACCAUUCUGUGUCUGCUCAUGGUCCCCUUCAUGGAGUACCUGUGAAUGCAUUCUAUGAACCGCUAGGGGGUAUCGCCCGCAAACGACUUCAGGCCAUGAAAAGCAGCACAACUUAUUGCUAUGAUUUCCCAUUGGCUUUCUUGACUGCCUUAGAGCAAUCAUGGGCAUCUCAAGCACCAGACGGGAAAAAACCUUCUGACAAAGUACUUUUAAAAGCAACAGAGCUAGUUUUUGCUGAUCCAAAAGGAACCUGGGGAACUCCUGUUGUUCCGAAGGAACGCAACUCUGGUCUUAAUGAUGUUGGUAUGGUGGCCUGGAGCUUGGAAAUGUCAACUCCUGAAUUCCCCGAUGGAAGGACAAUAUUGGUUGUAGCAAAUGAUAUUACCUUCAGGGCUGGAUCUUUCGGACCGAGAGAAGAUGCUUUCUUCCUUGCAGUCACAGAUCUUGCUUGUGCUAAGAAACUUCCUCUGAUUUAUUUGGCUGCUAAUUCAGGGGCUCGACUUGGUGUUGCUGACGAGGUAAAAAGCUGCUUUAAAGUUGGUUGGUCUGAUGAGUCAAACCCUGAGCGUGGGUUCCAGUAUGUCUACUUAACUCCUGAAGAUUAUGCUCGUAUAGGGUCAUCAGUUAUAGCCCAUGAGUUAAAACUUAAAGAUGGUGAAACUCGAUGGGUUAUUGACACUGUUGUAGGUAAUGAGGACGGACUAGGUGUUGAGAACUUGUCAGGAAGUGGAGCUAUAGCUAGUGCCUACUCACGGGCUUACAAGGAAACCUUUACUCUAACUUUUGUUACGAGCAGAACAGUUGGUAUUGGUGCCUAUCUUGCUCGCCUUGGGAUGCGUUGUAUACAGAGGCUUGAUCAGCCCAUAAUUCUUACUGGCUUUUCUGCAUUAAAUAAACUACUUGGGCGGGAGGUUUACAGUUCACAAAUGCAACUUGGUGGUCCAAAGAUUAUGGGCACUAACGGAGUAGUGCAUCUCACAGUUUCUGAUGAUCUUGAAGGCAUAUCAGCUAUUGUGAAGUGGCUCAGCUAUGUUCCAGCCUAUUUAGGUGGUGAACUUCCGAUAUCGCGCUCUUUAGAUCCUCCAGAAAGGCAGGUUGAGUAUCUGCCUGAAAACUCCUGUGAUCCUCGUGGUGCUAUAUCUGGUAUACUUGAUGCUAAAGGUAAAUGGCUUGGUGGAAUUUUCGACAAAGAUAGUUUUGUUGAAACUUUAGAAGGGUGGGCAAGAACAGUUGUCACAGGAAGGGCCAAACUUGGAGGGAUUCCAGUUGGCAUAGUUGCUGUUGAGACACAGACUGUUAUGCAAAUUAUCCCAGCAGAUCCUGGUCAACUCGAUUCUCAUGAGAGAGUGGUACCACAAGCAGGGCAAGUAUGGUUUCCAGAUUCUGCUACCAAGACAGCACAAGCCUUGUUGGAUUUCAACCGGGAAGAACUUCCCCUUUUCAUUUUAGCUAACUGGAGAGGCUUCUCAGGUGGGCAAAGAGACCUGUUCGAAGGGAUCCUUCAGGCUGGAUCUACAAUUGUUGAAAACCUUAGGACUUACAAUCAACCUGUUUUCGUUUAUAUCCCCAUGAUGGGAGAGCUUCGUGGAGGGGCAUGGGUUGUUGUGGAUAGUCGAAUUAAUUCAGACCAUAUUGAAAUGUAUGCUGACCGAACAGCUAAAGGAAAUGUACUUGAGCCUGAAGGAAUGAUUGAGAUCAAGUUUAGAACCAACGAAUUGAUUGAGUGUAUGGGAAGGCUCGACCAACAACUUAUUGGUCUCAAGGGAAAACUUAUUGAAGCCAAGGAUUCCAAUUCUUAUGCUGAUAUCGAACUUUUCCAACAGCAAAUCACAGCUCGAGAGAAACAACUGUUGCCUGUUUAUACUCAGAUAGCCACGAAGUUUGCUGAAUUGCAUGAUACUUCACUAAGGAUGGCUGCAAAAGGAGUUGUUAAGGAAGUGUUAGAUUGGAAAAUGUCCCGUUCAUUCUUCUAUAAGAGAUUAUACAGAAGAGUAAUGGAGGAAUCACUUAUCAAGUCUGUACGAACUGCAGCAGGUGAAGGGUUGCCCCAUAAAUCUGCCAUUGAAUUGAUCAAAAAAUGGUUCUCUGAGUCUCAUAAUACUUCUAGAGACGAUAUCAAUGCUUGGGAUGAUGAUGAGGCUUUCUUUAAGUGGAAGAAUGAUUCUGCUAACUAUGAAGAAAAGCUUACAGAGUUGCGUGUGCAGAAGGUUUUGCUUCAGUUGUCAAAUAUCAGCAACUCGGCUUCAGACCUGAAAGCUUUGCCUCAAGGUCUUGCUGCCCUACUUCAAAAGGUGGAUUCAUCGAGUCGAGCACAACUUGUAGAUGAACUCCGGAAAGUGCUUACUUGAUUUGGUAGCUCGGUUUCUUCUAGGUUGAAGACGAUAAAUUAGUUUUGCUGUUGUCAAAUCUGAAAUUUUAUGAGGCAUGCAACCGAUACAGUCACGUCAUUUGUGUCUGUUGAUUGUUGUACUGUAUCGAUUUAUGAAACUGUAAAUAUAGGAGAUUUCUUAAUUCAAUUAGGCAAUUCAUUGUGACUCAUGGUUGUCCCAUUCUGUAUUGAUCUUUGGUAUAAUUUAUUGACAGUUGAUCAUUAAUAAUGCGAGAUGUUCAAAUACUUCCAUUGAAGAUUAAGUUAUAGUCUCUUGACUUUUGGCACAA